AUGGGCACACAAUCAGACAGUCACUUUGAUAUCCGGCAAGGUCUGCACUGCCGAAGUCAUGCGGAUAUCUCGGCUCGUCAACCAUCAGCUCACGCUUCACCAAUACGACAACGCCAAACCAGGACAAGUACCGUGCUUCCCACGCCGAGAAGCAAAUGA